AUGUAUGCAAUGCAAGGGGAAAUACGAUCUGGAUUGUGCAAACAUCAGCCCAAAGAACUUUCGUCAAAUGGAGCGAAAAAAAGAACAUUGGAAAUGCCCGGAAUGUCUAAGCAAACUACCAAAAAAGAGGGAAAUUCUAACACGCCUGUACGAGGCACCACGGCAACCAUAGAGGGAGGAACAACCCUACGUACGGAUUCAUCCACCGUGUCGCAUGUCCUCAAAGAGUGGCAAUCCUAA